UUUCUUUCGACCAUCCCAAUGGCUCCCGUCGAAACUGAACUAUACGACAUUCUCGGUGUCUCUCCGAACGCUUCGGAAGACGACAUAAAAAAGGCUUACCGUAAGAAGGCUAGAGAGCAGCAUCCUGACAAAAACAUCAACGACCCGCAGGCUUCUCAAAAGUUUCAAGAGCUUGGGGCAGCCUACGAAACACUCAGCGAUCCGCAACUAAGAAGUCUCUAUGAUGCCAAUGGAAUUGACGGGCUCAAGUCCGGCAGUGGCAUGUCAGGAAUGGAUGACCUCUUCGCUCAAUUCUUCGCUGGAGGUGGCAUGCACUUUGGAUUCGACUUUGGUGGCCCAAGCAGUCGUAGAAGGGGUGCUAGCGAUGACACUGUCGUCCCCCAUACAGUUACGCUCGAAGAUCUCUACAACGGCAAAAUCCUCAAGCUGAAUCUUGAGAAAGAGGCCGUUUGCAGCACGUGUAAAGGGUCGGGUGCUCGUGGGAAUGCGAAACCAAAACCAUGCGGAAUAUGCGAAGGACGAGGAUGGACCCCUACCCAAUCAAGUAACGGGACCUUCCUCACCACAUCACGAGCUGCUUGUCGAGAUUGCGACGGAACCGGCGAGAGACUGAAGGAGAAAGACCGAUGUAAGAAAUGCAAGGGCAGCAAAACUGUGAAGGAGAAAAACCGGCACGAAGUUGUUAUCGAGAAAGGCAUGGCGGAUAAGCAACGAAUCGUGCUUGCUGGCGCUGGAGACGAGGAGCCUGGCACCCCAGCUGGGGACGUGAUAUUCGUGUUACGAAUGACUCCCCAUGAAUCGUUCGAACGCUCAGGAAAUGAUCUUCUGGCUAAUGUCAAAAUCACUCUUUCUGAAGCCCUUUUCGGAUUUUCGCGAAUACUAAUCACCCAUCUGGACGGUCGUGGUAUCAAGGUAUCGAGCCCGCCGAAGAAAAUUAUCAAGCAUUCCGAUACCAUCGUCCUACGAGGCGAGGGGAUGCCGGUUCACAAACAGCCCAACACGAAGGGCGACCUCUACCUGACCUUUUCUAUUGAGAUGCCGGACGAAGAGUGGCUUACCACGGCCAACGCGGCGUCCCUGAUAUCAAUGCUCCCGCCCAAAAAGGGAGACCUUGACCCACCGCCAGAGGUGGUCUCGUCAGCUAUAUUUGUGGAAGCAGAUAUUGAGGAAGUGCGUGAACGCCAUUUCCCAGCUGGUUCCGAUUUCUUUGACAGUGCUUUUGCGCACCAGUUCGGUGAAGACGAAGAUGAGUGGGAGGAUGAAGACGACGAUGAAGACGACGAAUACGGAGGGGGAGAACCCGAGUGUCGACCCCAAUAG